AUGAGUGCUUCAAAGUUCAUUAAAUGCGUUACAGUUGGAGAUGGAGCCGUUGGAAAAACCUGUAUGCUCAUUUGUUAUACCAGCAACAAGUUCCCAACCGAUUAUAUACCAACAGUGUUUGACAAUUUCAAUGCCAAUGUGGCUGUGGAUGGGAGCAUUGUAAAUUUGGGUUUAUGGGAUACUGCAGGUCAGGACGAUUAUAGCAGGUUAAGGCCACUGCGUUACCGAGGUGCAGACAUAUUUGUCUUAGCUUUCUCAUUGAUUAGCAAAGCAAGCUAUGAAAAUGUUCUUAAAAGGUGGAUGCCAGAAUUACAUCGAUUUGCACCUAAUGUUCCAAUUGUUCUGGUUGGAACAAAGCUAGACCUUCGGAAGGAUAGAGCAUAUCUCGCUGAUCAAAUGGGGUCUAAUAUUAUAACAUUUGCUCAGGGAGAGGAACUGAGAAAACAAAUUGGUGCAGCAGCUUAUAUUGAAUGCAGCUCCAAGACUCAGCAGAAUGUCAAAGCCGUUUUUGAUACUGCAAUCAAGGUUGUUCUUCAACCCCCAAUGAGGAAGGAAGUGGCAAGGAAGAAAAGGAGCCGAAGGUCUGGCUGCUCAAUUGCGAGUUUGGUCUGUGGAGGAUGUGAUGCUUAAUUAGGAGUUGAUGGUUGCAGAUUGAUAGUCCUCAGCUGCUGAUGAAGACCGUUUUGGUUUUCAACAAGUGCCGCUUCCUGCCUGAAAAUUUUAUAAUAUGCUUUAAUGUUUUCAAUGACUCGAUGACGUGGUGGACCAAGAAAAAGACCGGAAUGACAGAGGGAAUUAUUACAUUCACUCAUGUAUUUUUACUAUUACUUUCUAAACUAUCUGUUGUGUUUUCUGCUGAAAGAUAACUUGAUAUGAAUUCAAUAUGUUGUUAAAGUCCUCAUAUUUAGAAUCUCAUGUUGCUUUUUUGUUGAGUCACUGACAUGAUUCCUAUCCGGGCGAGCUUGUCAAUUGUCUUGGUUCAUCAUGUUCUUGUUUGUGAAAAUUAUUCAAUGGCUCAAGAGAGAGCCAAGUUUUAUCUCCUUUUAUUCUGAUAGGAGGUUUUGGAAUUGGUCUUUGACAAGGAUCGUGCCAAUAUUCAUGUACCUGGACACUUUUGGGACUGCAAGUGCAUCAAGUCUGAUGAUUGUGAUGACAGAAGGCGGCCAUAGCUGCAGCUGCUCUUUGCUUGGUUGCACUUACUGUUUUCAAACUCUUGGGCUUUGAUGUCGGGCCAAAACAUUGAAUGGGCCC